AUGGAUCCCAACGACGCCUUCUCGGCGGCGCACCCGUUCCGGUGGGACCUGGGCCCGCCGGCGCACGCCGCGCCUCCGCCUCCGCCUCCGCCGCAGCCAGCGCCAGCGCCAGCGCCGCAGCUGCCGCCUCACGCGCCGCUGGUGUACGCGGCGCCGAGGGAGCUGGAGGACCUGGUGGCCGGCUACGGCGUGCGCCCGUCCACGGUGGCGCGGAUCUCGGAGCUCGGGUUCACGGCGAGCACGCUCCUGGGCAUGACGGAGCGCGAGCUGGACGACAUGAUGGCCGCGCUCGCGGGUCUGUUCCGCUGGGACGUGCUCCUCGGCGAGCGGUUCGGCCUCCGCGCCGCGCUGCGGGCCGAGCGCGGACGUGUCAUGUCCCUCGGCGGCCGCUUCCACACCGGGAGCACCUUGGAUGCCGCGUCACAGGAAGUGCUGUCCGACGAGCGCGACGCGGCGGCCAGCGGCGGCACGGUGAUGGCCGGCAAGAAGAAGGGUAACAAAGGGGUCGGCUCGAGGAAGGGCAAGAAGGCGAGGAGGAAGAAGGAGCUGCGGCCACUGGACGUGCUGGGCGACGAGAACGACGGAGACGAGGACGGCGGCGGCGGGUCGGAGUCGACGGAGUCGUCCGCGGGCGGCUCCGGCGGCGGGGAGAGGCAGCGGGAGCACCCGUUCGUGGUCACGGAGCCCGGCGAGGUGGCGAGGGCCAAGAAGAACGGCCUCGACUACCUCUUCCAUCUGUACGAGCAGUGCCGCGUCUUCCUCUUGCAGGUGCAGUCCAUUGCUAAGCUGGGCGGCCACAAGUCCCCUACCAAGGUGACGAACCAGGUGUUCCGGUACGCCAAGAAGUGCGGGGCGAGCUACAUCAACAAGCCCAAGAUGCGGCACUACGUGCACUGCUACGCGCUGCACUGCCUGGACGAGGAGGCCUCCAACGCGCUGCGCCGGGCGUACAAGGCCCGCGGCGAGAACGUCGGCGCCUGGAGGCAGGCGUGCUACGCGCCGCUCGUCGAGAUCGCCGCGCGCCACGGCUUCGACAUCGACGCCGUCUUCGCCGCGCACCCGCGACUCGCCAUCUGGUACGUGCCCACCAGGCUGCGCCAGCUCUGCCACCAGGCGCGGGGGAACCACGCCCACGUCCACGCCGCCGCCGGCUUCCCGCCGCCGCCGAUGUUCUAGUUCUAGCUGCUGCGUCCAUGUGUAUGUGUGCCUGCACCGUCGCCGUACGUCUCACAAGCAGUUCCGUGGCGCCAUCGAAAGAUGGAAGAGGGCGGGCUUUCUCUGUCACUUGUUGGGCUCAGAUUUAGAAUGGGGAUGUCACCUGUUGGGCGGAGCAGGCCAGGACACAAUUUACAGUUUGGAUGGGCCACUUGUUAGUUUGUUACCUCGCGGCCUCGCCUAAGUUGUAUUGUAUCCCUCGUGAUAGUUGUUCCCCCAAAACGGUGUGCCGCUACUGUCAUGGUCAUAUAUCCUAAUAUGU